AUGCACCACACUCGAUCGUGUAAGGAUAAGAAUUUGAUCCCGCUCAACCCGAACAUCAACAAGUUACAAAGGAGAAGACCACCCCGUAAUCAGCCGAAUCGAGUCGACAAGGACCCGCCGAACCCACCCAACCCUCAGAAUCUGAACCCGCAGAAUCGAGCACCGCCAGGCGAACAUGUGCAGAACAACGCCCCACCACCACUCCAGAGAGUAGCACGAUGCAUUGGAGCCGGUGAUGAACCGAACACUCACGCUCAGAGACAUGGAAUCGUUCCUCCAGCUGUGGCGAACAACAAUUUCGAGAUCAAGUCCAGUCUAAUCUCCAUGAUUCAAAACAACAAGUUUCAUGGACUCCCUGUUGAAAACCCGCUCGAGCACCUGGAUGAGUUCGAUCGACUUUGUGGCCUCACCAAGAUCAAUGGAGUUACUGAGGACGCUUUCAAGCUGCGCUUGUUCCCAUUCUCUCUCGGGGACAAAGCGCAUCGGUGGGAGAAGAAUCUACCUCACGGCUCGAUCACUUCCUGGAACGACUGCAAGAAAGCCUUCCUUGCCAAGUUUUUAUCUCCCUCCAGAACCGCCAAGCUUAGGAACGACAUCUCUGGAUUCGUUCAGAAGAAUGGAGAAACGUUCUCCGAAGCUUGGGAGCGCUUCAAGAACUACACCACCCAGUGUCCUCACCAUGGAUUUAGCAUGGAGUCUCUUCUCAGCACGCUCUACAGAGGUGUGCAGCCCAGCAUCAAACGACAGCUUGAUACAGCAAGCAACGGAAAUUUCCUCAACAAGGAUGUUCAAGAAGGUUGGGAACUAGUUGAGAAUCUGGCACAAUCGGACGGGAACUAUAAUGAGGACCACGACCGAACUCAGAGGGGCUCGAUCAAGUCCGACGAGAAGCACCGCAAGGAGAUGAAGGCCCUAAACGAGAAGCUCGACAAGCUUUUGCUGGCUCAGCAGAAGCAAGUUCACUUCGUCACAGAGGAGAACGAAUACCUGAUUCAGGAAGGGGAGACCGAUCCCUCCACAGAGGAGAUCUACUACAUGCAAAACCUGGGAGGCUACACAAAGGCGUUUGACCAAGUCUACCCUCAACAGCAGCAUGCUCCAGCUAAGAACUUCGCUCCUUACCCACGGCAGCAGUAUCAGGGAGGAUAUCCCCAGAAGCAGGCAUACGGAGCACCACCAGGAUUUCAGUCUCAGACGCAAUCGAGUGGUCCACCAGCCACUGAGAUCGACGUGAAGACAAUGCUUCAGAAAGUUCUGCAAGGCCAAGCUACUGGAGCAAUGGACGUCAGUAAGAAAUUUGCGGAGAUUCACCACAAGCUCGAUGGCACCUACAAUGAGCUCAACUCCAAGCUCGAAGCACUGAACGCGAGAGUCCAAUUCAUCGAAAGCAAUCGCAUUUCGACUUCUGCGGCCAAACCCACUGGACAGCUCCCUGGAAAGUCUGUUCAGAACCCGAAGGAGUAUACGCACUCGAUCAGCGCCAUCACACUGAGAAGUGGGAAAGCGCUACCGGACCCAAAAGUUCAAUCUAGCAUCACUGAGGCCAGCAAUGCUCAAGAGGGGCAGGAGUUGGUUUCCGAUGAAGUUUCAGUUGAGGACGAGGUCCCAGCCGAGAAUACCACGCCAAUAGAGGAGCUCGAUCGAGUUCGAGCAAGCGAGACCGCUCAACCUACAGAGGCUGUGAAACCACCUGUUUCGAAGGAAAAGGAGAGUGCUUUUGUUCCCCCUCCUUACAAGCCACCGAUGCCCUUUCCGAAAAUUCCUGAAGGAUGCGAUUCUGGAAAGAACAAGGAAGUACAAGGGAUGGUUGUUCUGAGUCACGAAUGCAGCGCCAUUAUCCAGAGCAAAUCGAUCCCUAAGAAGUUGGAAGACCCAGGAUCGUUCACGCUUCCAUGCUCGAUCGGUCCACUAUCUUUCAGCAACAGUCUGUGCGAUCUAGGCGCCUCGAUCAGCUUGAUGCCUCUGUCAGUUGCGAAGAAACUGGGAUUCACUAGGUACAAGGCUUGCCAGAUCUCUCUUAUCCUGGCAGACAGAAGCGUUCGGAUUCCCCACGGCAUUCUAGAGGAUCUACCUGUUCGAGUUGGUAGCGUGGAUGUCCCAACGGACUUUGUAGUUCUGGAGAUGGACGAAGAGCCGAAGGACCCUCUCAUCUUGGGAGACUUUCUUGGCUACAGCUGGAGCUGUUAUUGA